AUGAUACGGCGAAGACGGUUGAAAAGUGAUGGUGAUAAGGCUGUGCAGACGUUGUUUGUUCCGUUGCAACAUGUAAGUAAUGAAGAGGAUGAUUCUUGUUUAAAUGACGAGUUAUUGAAUUUACCAAAACUUUCUUCACAACAGUUCGAUGUCGAUGAUGCUGACGAUGACAGUGACACAUCAAACAUUGCUGAAAAGCACCAAAAAUAUACGGGACGUGAGCUGGAUUGUAUACAUUAUCGACUUAUCAAUGAACGUGUUGUAAACGACGUUACUUUGGAAUUUUUUUAUAAACCACGGACAGUUACGGUUCUUAUUAUCAUUUGUGCGUUGCUCGUUAUUCCCGCGUUUAAUAGGAAUGAUGACAAUUCAGGCGUUAAUAUUUAUGCUGGUAUUAUUGCUGCAGUUGUUUUAUUUCUUGUUGUCAGUGGUCUCACAUUUCCGAAUGGUCCAUUUAUUCGUCCACAUCCGGUUUUCUGGCGCAUUAUUUUUGGUAUGAGUGUCUUGUAUAUACUAAUGCUUCAGUUUGCAUUGUUUCAAAACUUUCGUGAUAUAAAAGAUGUGUUGAAAUGGCUUGAUCCACAAGGUUUAAGUAAAGAAAAAUUGGAUGAAAAAGCUUAUGCUGUUAACUGUUCCGAUAUCACAUUGGAGCGAUUAUGGGGCUACAUGGAUGUAUUUGCCAUUGGUCAUUUUGUUGGUUGGGCAAUGAAAGCUUUGCUUAUUCGCCAUUCUAUCAUAUGCUGGUAUAUCAGUAUUGCCUGGGAAUUAACUGAAGUGUUAUUUGCUCAUUUGCUACCAAACUUUCAAGAAUGUUGGUGGGAUGCGAUUAUUUUGGAUAUUUUAUUGUGCAACGGAUUGG